UCCGUCCUCCUUGCCCGCCGGGCUGGCAGCGAGCCGGCUGCUGGGUACCUGGGAAGAUCUGCUCUCGGCUGUCCGAGCUGAGGCGAAAGUCCGGUCCCUAGAGCGCGGAGAGCGGCGGUGCCAGGCGCCUCGGCGGACUCCCCUUCAAGUGUACGUCUGCAGCGGCCCAUGCUGUCUGGCACUCAUGGGUGUAAGCAAGUUAGAUAUUCUAUACCGGAGACUUCUCCUCACAAAACUCUUCAUCAGAGGAUGGGGAAGACCAGAAGAUCUCAAGAGACUCUUUGAAUUCAGAAAGAUGAUUGGAAAUCGAGAAAGGUGCCAGAAUCUGGUUUCAAGCGACUAUCCGGUGCACAUUGAUAAGGUUGAAGAACAGUCAGAUUGUAAGAUCCUAGAUGGACACUUUGUUUCUCCCAUGGCCCACUAUGUGCCUGGUAUCAUGCCAAUUGAGUCUGUUAUUGCAAGGUUCCAAUUUAUUGUGCCUAAGGAAUGGAACAGCAGAUACAGACCUGUGUGCAUUCAUCUGGCUGGAACAGGAGACCAUCAUUACUGGAGGCGCAGGACUCUCAUGGCUCGUCCUAUGAUUAAGGAGGCCCGAAUGGCUUCAUUGUUGCUAGAAAACCCUUAUUAUGGCUGCAGGAAGCCCAAGGACCAAGUAAGAUCCAGCUUAAAAAAUGUGUCUGACCUGUUUGUGAUGGGAGGCGCUCUUAUUCUGGAGUCGGCAGCCCUCUUGCACUGGCUGGAACGAGAAGGUUAUGGACCUCUCGGAAUGACUGGAAUAUCCAUGGGAGGACAUAUGGCCUCCUUAGCAGUUUCCAACUGGCCCAAGCCCAUGCCAUUGAUUCCAUGCCUGUCUUGGUCCACUGCAUCUGGGGUCUUCACUACGGGUGUAUUGAGUAAAUCGAUUAAUUGGCGGGAGCUGGAAAAGCAGUACUACACACAGACAGUUUAUGAAGAAGAAAUUAUUCAUAUGCUUGAAUACUGUGGGGCAGAUUCUUUCAAAAUGGGACAUGACUUCAUGAAACAAUUCCCUAGCAGUGCAGACAAGCUGACUAACCUAAAUCUGGUUUCCAGAACGUUAAAUUUAGAUACGACGGACCAAGUUGUGUCCCCAAAGAAUGCUGAGUGCCAUAAUUCUGGUAAAACAUCUAACAGUACUACUUCAAAAGGACACUUGUUGCAAGAUACCAUUAAGAUGGAAUGCCUAAAUCAAACACUCUCAACUAACAAAAGUUGUUAUGCAAGUUACAACCCUCAGUCAUCUCACCUGCUCAGCAAAGAACAGAAAAGAAGCAAUCUUCAGAAAGAAUCUCUAAUCUUCAUGAAAGGAGUCAUGGAUGAAUGCACUCAUGUAGCAAACUUCUCAGUUCCAGUUGACCCAAGCCUCAUUAUAGUGGUACAAGCCAAAGAGGAUGCCUAUAUUCCACGGACAGGAGUUCGAAGCCUGCAAGAAAUUUGGCCUGGUUGUGAAAUCCGGUACCUAGAAGGGGGUCACAUCAGUGCUUAUCUCUUUAAACAAGGACUCUUCAGACAAGCCAUCUAUGAUGCCUUUGAACGUUUCCUUCAUAAAUAUGCUAACUAAUCGGAUCGAUGGAUCCUACUAAAAGCGUUCACUCUACGAUGAUGUGAAAAACAAGCAGACAGCACUACUUACCUGAUUGCUGCCAUAUAGUCUCUGUACCAGUGUUAUGGGUCAGUUACCAGCUGUAGAUUUCAUUAAUGUGAAAGCAGUACUUGAAUCAUACAAUCCUGAAGUGUUUGUUACUCUUGAAAAUCUCAUAUAUCCAAUAUGACAUCUGUUGUUAAUAUUUAUAAAAACAUUUUAAUUAUGAAUAAUUUAUUGUUUCUGAAUAAAUAGAAACUAUUGGUUUUUAAUAGAAUUGUUGAAACUAAGAUUAUAUAACAUAUGUACUGUAUACUGUUAUAUGGCAUUUUUUGCUAUUAACUUGAUUUUAAACCUGUGUUCCUCUUUUUUGUCUAUGUAGUGGGUUUAUAAUCUAGCUUUCAACUUUAGUUAAUUUACUGCCAUAGAAAUACCUAAGAUGUGUAAAUCAGUGUUACCUUUGAAUUAUGAAAAACUAUCCUGACUGCUGAGCUGUGCUCUGUGUACAAACUGCAAUCCCAGCACUUGAGAACUGAGAGCUAGAGGGUCAGGAGUCCCGUCCUUGUUCUGUACAGAGCAAAGCCGAGGCCAGCCUGAGCUACGCCAGACCCUGUGUCAAAACAUAUGUCUGGCAUGGUAGCUCAUGCCUUUAAUCCCAGCAGGUAGAAGACAGAGUUCAAGGCCAGUCUGGUCUAUGUGGCAAGCUGCAGGCCAAAACUACAUGAUAAGACUGUCUCAAAAACAAUAAUACAGCAGUACAAAACAAAACCUUACUGCUUUGUAGUGUUUUACUAAUUAACCUGAAUGCUGAAAUAUGCAAAUAAGAUUAGUUAGACUAGAGCAGACUUUAAACUGUUAUCAAACAUUAGGUCAGGAAAGUGCCAGGGCUGAGGCUGUACUUCCCCAGUGUGAAGUCUCUGAGGCCAGUCCCCAGUACUGCCAAACAGAAAGAAAACCUGUAUGUGUCUGGAGUGGAGGUCAAACGUGCUCUCUAUAUUUAAGAGAGUUUUGUCUUGAAAAAUGGAUAUGCUAGAUGAACUUUUCACUAGAUACUGGAUUCUUUCAGGCAUUUCUUAAACACCUGGUUCUUCUGUUGCUUAAAGACUGAGUUAACAGCUUUGACUUUUUAAUUUCAGAAUUUAAUAGCUACAUAUGAAAUUGAACCAUUGUACAGAAAAACUUGAGGCUGUAUACACUGCUAGCUUUUUAAAUGGGAACUAUAUGGAUAGAUAUAUGGUGCUGGUAAUAAACUUCUCUGAGCAAGAAUGUUUAGAAGGUAA